GUAGUCCUCGUUUGUUAAAUGACAGUCCUUGACUGAACGGCGGACAUGUAAGACCUAUGUCACAGCCAGAGGCGACGGUAUAAUUCGCUUUUUAAAAUCACACAAAAUAGUUCGUAUCUCUUUGCCAGUCCUUCUACCUAUUCCCACCGUAUUGUUAAAAACCACCGACUCAAUCCGCACCGUUUACGACCGAAAUUCAUCCGUUCGUUUGUCACCUCGAGUACCGAAAUUUCAGUCCGCAUGAAUAUAUUUCUUCGUCGUUCGAUUUCGCCCGCUGCGAUCGACGUCUCCGGAAUUUCGUCAACGCCUUUACGAACCCCAUGCAUUGCGGGAUAACUUGAAAAAUUGGAAGUUGCAUGGGUCGUCCCGACCACCCGAACAUCCCCGACCUGUUUGUCAACUAACCUCGUUAUUGGCAGCCCUCGGAGUUACUUGGCAACUUUUUUUUAUAUCCCUUUAUUUAUUGAAAUUUUUUUUUUUUUAUCAAAUUCCGAAGACUGAACGAGAUAAAAAAAUCUCCCAAGGCUGGAGUGCCAUCGUCAGACCAGUGGCUGCCUCGACCCCUGGCGACCUACCUGAGCGAAGGACGAGGUCGGUGGGAUUGCGGAUCUUAAUAUGGAGGUUGAUCAAAACGAUAGCAAUGCUAAAUCCGACGACUGUAGCAAAAAUGCCCAACGUUUGAUCGCGGAAAACGGUGGUCGAUGUAUGAGCACGCAGGCUAUGCAAUCUCUCUACGAUCUUCGUCAGAACAAUUUACUCUGCGAUGCGGUUCUACGCCUCGAAGAUGGCGGCAUUUUUCCAAUCCACAGAGCGAUAUUGUCCGCCUGCAGUACUUACUUUAGAGCUUUGUUCACGACGACUCUUCACUCGCGUGAAAAAACCGACGUACUUUUGCCCGGUGUUUCGAGUCACAUGAUGAAUUUACUCCUCGAAUACGCGUACCUUCGUACGUUAGAACUCAACCGGGACAACGUUUGUCAGCUCUUGGUGACGGCCGAUUACCUCAGUAUUCUUGGGGUACUCGAACUGUGCUGCGAUUACUUGCGACAGAAUUUGGCACCCGAGAAUUGCAUCGGAGUGAUGAGAUUUGCUCGAGAACAUUUUUGCAAGGGUUUGGAAACCGACGCCCAUCGUUACGUAAUGCGGCAUUUCGUUCAGGUGGCACAGAAAAGUGAGGAAGUACUUUUACUGCCGAUUUCCGAACUCCGCGGUCUCGUCGGAGCCGACGAAUUGAACGUUAAAAGUGAAGAAGCUGUAUGGGAGCUCGUGCUCAGAUGGAUAAACCAUGACCCCGAUCCGAGAAAAGGUCAUAUAGUUGAACUGAUGAAAAAUAUCCGUCUCGGACUAUUGGAUACUCAAUUUUUCCUUGAGAAUGUAAAAGAUCAUCCCUACGUAACCGGUAACGAGGCUUGUAGACCGAUAAUAAUUGAGACCUUAAAGUUCCUCUACGACUUGGAAAUGAUAACGCAAAAACACGGGGAAGUUCCGACCCCGGAGAUAGCCAGACCGCGGGUUCCUCACGAAAUUCUCUUUGCCCUCGGUGGUUGGAGCGGUGGAAGUCCAACGAAUUAUAUGGAGACUUACGAUACCAGAGCCGAUCGUUGGGUCAAAGUUGAAGAGGUCGACCCGACCGGUCCGAGGGCUUAUCAUGGGACUGCAGUUGUCGGAUUCAACAUAUACGUUAUCGGCGGUUUCGACGGUAUGGAUUAUUUCAACAGCUGUCGUUGUUUCAACGCUGUUACCAAGGUGUGGCGAGAAGUUGCUCCCAUGAAUGCUAGAAGGUGCUACGUAAGCGUCGCCGUUCUAAACGACCUCGUAUACGCGAUGGGAGGAUACGACGGUCAUCACAGACAAAAUACCGCCGAAAGAUACAAUUUUCGAACCAAUCAAUGGUCCCUAAUAGCUCCUAUGAACGUCCAACGAUCGGACGCCAGUGCCACGAUGCUUAAUGACAAAAUUUACAUCACUGGUGGUUUCAAUGGGCAGGAAUGCAUGAAUUCCGCCGAAGUAUACGACCCGGAAACGAAUCAAUGGACGUUGAUAUCGGCGAUGAGAUCGCGAAGAAGUGGUGUUUCCUGCAUUGCUUAUCAUAGCUGCGUAUACGUGAUCGGUGGUUUCAACGGGAUAUCGAGAAUGUGCAGCGGCGAAAAGUAUAACCCGGCGACCAACAGCUGGACACAAAUACCUGACAUGUAUAACCCGCGCAGUAAUUUCGCGAUCGAGGUCAUAGAUGACAUGAUAUUUGCCAUAGGGGGAUUCAACGGCGUCACCACCAUAUACCACGUCGAAUGUUACGACGAAAGAACAAACGAAUGGUACGAGGCAACCGACAUGAAUAUUUACCGAUCCGCUUUAUCCGCCUGCGUGAUCAUGGGGCUGCCGAAUGUUUACGACUAUAUUCACAAGCACCGCGAACGUCUGAUGGAGGAAAAACGGCAAAAGCUCCUCGCUCUAGAGGUGCAACGGACGCAACAACAACAACAGCAACAACAACAGUUCCAACAAAAUGACAACAAUCAGAUUCCGCCACCGCCACCCCCUCUGGCGCAACUCGAACACGACAACAGUCAAAUUUAAUCGGAAAAACCGAGUCCAUUCUGAGAGAAGAAAUGGGGUUCGCAUUGGGGUUGACGAUACCGAUGAUACUGUCGGUAAUUUUUCUGUCAAAAUCACUCAAGGGGUUGCCAAUGAAUUCUAACGAGAUAGGUCGCAACGCGGUGUGUGGAGAUCCAAUAUCUAUUACAUUCUUAUUCAGUCAUUGGGACCCGAAAAUGGAGCUAUGCCGGAAUACACUCGACAUCAGAAUUUGUGGAGGUUACUGCCCGAGUUCCGAGCGAGGUACUUGGCAACAUCCUUUGUCGAAGAGGAAUACUACCGUUUGCAGUCCAGACGAACUUGCGCGCAAAAAAGUUGUAUCCUUGUGCACGGAGGGCGUGCGUGAUACGAGAAC